UCUCUCUCUCUCCUCUUCUUAAGAGCCUUCGAAAUGUCUCCGGUCAUUGUCACACUUCUCCCAUCAUUGCCCCGAAAGCGAAGUUUGAGCAAGGAGACCAAACGAGACGGACGGUGGUGGUCGCCGCCGGAGCAAACGGAAGAAGCGCCGGCUAGCUCGCCGGAGGAGCUGGGACCGCUGCGGUCGAGUUCGACGGCGGUCGGGGUUCCGCUGAAUGGAGAGCUUCGUCAAGCUGCCGGAGCGCGAUAGCCUCCUCGCGUUGGACGGAUGCGCGCUCAAGAGGAAGAGAGGAGCCCGGGAGCCGACCUCGCGCGAGUCCACUGCCGAUGGUUCGAACAAGAAGGCGCCGGACGUUUCGGCGGAGGAGGACGGGCCGGUGAGGCCGGUGCUCGGCGGCGGAGAAGGGGAGGGAGAUGUGCGGAGCCUGACGAGCGUGUCUCACGGGUCGAUGUCGGUGAUCGGGAGGCGGAGGUCGAUGGAGGACGCGGUGACGGUGGCGCCGGGCGCCGCGGCCGGGAAGUUGGGCUCGUACGACUUCUUCGGGGUGUACGACGGGCACGGCGGCGCGAACGUGGCGAACGCUUGCCGCGACCGGCUGCACAAGCUGCUAGCGAAGGAGAUGGAGGGGAGGGAUGACAUCUGCCGUGACGGGUUUGGAGAGAGCGAGUGGAGGAAGGUGAUGGAGGCAUCUUUCGGGAAGAUGGACGAGGAGGUUGGAGGGAAGGGAGUGGACUCGUCGAUGAGGACGGAAGGGUCGACGGCCGUCGUGGCGGUGGUGGGGCUGGAGGAGGUUGUGGUGGCGAACUGCGGGGAUUCGCGAGCGGUGUUGUCUCGCAGCGAAGUGGCCGUGCCCUUGUCUCGUGAUCACAAGCCUGACAGGCCAGAUGAGAAGGAGAGAGUGGAAGCAGCUGGAGGAAGGGUCAUAGAUUGGAAUGGAUCCCGUGUCCUCGGCGUGCUUGCUACAUCGAGGUCAAUAGGAGACUAUUAUUUGAAGCCAUACGUGAUAGCGGAGCCGGAGGUCACGGUAAGCAAGAGAACAGAGUUGGACAACUUCCUCGUGAUAGCAAGUGAUGGUUUAUGGGAUGCGAUCUCAAAUGAGGUCGCCUGCCAGGUCGUGAGGAGAUGCCUCGAUGGACAAAUAAAGACGAGGUCCCCCGAGGAGCUGAGAGGAAGUUGCGCCGCCGAGGCGGCAGCGGUGCUAGCUGAACUGGCCAUGGCUCGAGGUAGCCACGACAAUAUCAGCGUGAUUGUGGUUGAGCUGAACAAACCGAACUCGAAGAGUCCUUAAGAAGAAGUUCCUCUUCAUUUGGGUGGUUGUAGUGACCUCCUGUCACCAUGUAAACUGGUAGAAUGUUCCGACCAAAAAAAAAAAAACACUGGUAGAAUGAGAACGUUUCUUUAUAUCCCCAAGUUGGGCUAUCAAUGUUCAUCUUGUGUAAUCUCUUGUACUGACUUCAAGUUGAUAUUAAAAUGCCACGUCCUUCGUAUCA